UAUGAAAUUCGUAUGUUUGCUAAAAUUGACAGUAAUAACUCAUUCAAAAACUCAAUGACUGUUUCAUAAUUGCGAUGUCUUUUUAUUGUUCCGCUGCACACCAUGGCGCAAACCAUGUGUAUCUGACGUAGCCAAUUCUCCGGAUAUAUAAUUUCGGACAAGUGCUAUAAUUCUAUAUUUCAGAUAAGAUACAGAUAAAUUUCCAAUCAUGUCCCGACAAUCAGAAGAAGUUCUGUUAAUUGUGGAGAAUGUGAAGAACAAGAAGGUUGAUGGCGUGCUCUACGUAAUGGGAGAGAGAAUUGCAUGGAUGCAGUCAAGCAAAAAGAGUUUCUCAUACAGCCAUGCAUAUGCAGAUAUCAAAUCUCAAAAGAUCUCCCCUGACACAAAGGAGAAGGUUCAGCUACAGUUGGUGAUGCACGAUGGCAGCGCAAACACAUUCCAGUUCAACAACCCACGGGGCCGGGCCUCACAGGUGGAGGACCGAGACCAGGUCAAGGAAUUGCUACAGCAACACCUGCCAAGGUUCAGGCGUAAACUGAGCAGCGAGUUGGAGGAAAAAAACAGGCUCCUUCAGGAAAAUCCUGAGCUUUUCCAACUGUACAAGGAUCUGGUUGUCAGUCAAGUCAUUACAGCUGAAGAGUUUUGGUCCACUCAAGCACCCAAAUAUGCAGCGAAGGAAAAGCAGGAUAAAAAUCAGACAACGGGAGUUUCUGCAGCCUUUCUGGCAGACAUCAAACCGGAGACCGACGGCUGCAAUGGCCUCAAGUACAAUCUGACUGCUGAUAUAAUUGAAUCCAUCUUUAGAACAUAUCCUAUAGUGAGAAAGAAGCACACAGAGUACGUUCCCCAUGAGAUGACAGAGAGUGACUUCUGGACACGCUUCUUCCAGUCACACUAUUUCCACCGUGACCGCAUGGCCCAGUCGAGCAAAGACUUGUUCUCGGACUGUGCCAAAGAGGACGAAGAAGAGAUAAAAUCUGAAGUGGAGAAGAAGAACACAGACCCUUUGUUGGAUCUUGUGUCACACAAAGACGGCAUUUUGGACCAUGGGUAUGGCGGAGGAACGAUUGACGACAAGCGUGGCUCUGUCAGUCACACAAAUCUAACUAUGAUCCGCAGGUUCAAUCACCACUCCACAAUGGUCCUCAAAGCCUGUGAGAGGGCAGGGAGUCAGACUGCAAAGGCCACCCAGAGUGAGGCAGAUUCUGCUGUAUCUAAUGGUGGUGUUGGAGUGAAUGGGGAAGUAGCUCACACAAAUGGUCAGGAACCACCACAGAAAAAGGCACGAAUACGAGAAAAAAAUCACUACGACGACCUUGACCUUAUUGAGACCCGAAAGUCUACAAACCUGAGGUUGUCUCGGAUGGAACGAUAUCUUCAUGGUCCAACCCCUGUCACGUCUAUGCGGUACACCUCAAGUGAAGAUUUGAUAUCAGCCACAAACAAUGUGUCCGCUGAAAUUGACUCAUGGAAUCCAGAUCUGUCUCGGGUGUUACCUGGUUCCACGGCGAUAUCAGUUCUGGGGGAACUCUCCCCAGGGGGCGCUCUCAUGAGGGGAACCACUCAACAACAGCUCAGCCAAAUGGUGCCUGAAAAUAUGCAACAGGAAUUGAAACAGAAUUACAAUGCCUUAUGUGAACUAUUACGUCACUUCUGGGCUUGUUUUCCUGUAUCUUCACAACUUUUAGAAGAUAAGGUUGUGAAAAUGAAGUCAACUCUAGAACGAUUCCACAUGGCCAAAUUGAACCCAUUGAAAGACAAACUUCAGGAAAGUCACUACAGUAUGGAUCUGACAGCUCAUAUGCAAGACCUUAUUCUCUCAGCAUAUGCAAAGUUUGAAACAUGGCAGUCCAGAAAAAUGGGCCGAAAGACUUGAUAUUGCUGAGAACUCAGAUAUAGUGCUACCCAUAUAUGCAAUAAUGACAACCAUAGUGGUUUCUAACCUGUUGUACAAACUUUGUCUUUAGAUGGGACGCCACCUUUACAAGUUCAUAUGACAUUUGUACACAACAACUGUGAAUGGUAUCAUAUUUGAUACUCGUAUGUUAACCUGUCACAAAUGUGUUUUAACCUUUUACCACUCAGAAGCAAAGUUGAAAUGUGCAAACAGUAUAAAACUAGAGCAGCCUGCAAGUAACUUGCAGACUGUUCAGGUUUUAUGCUGUUUGCUGCUCAUCAGUAUCAAAGGGUUGAAAAUGAAGACUCAAAAACUUGAAUCUAGUAAGAAAGGUUUUUAAUUAAAUUUAACUUAAGGGACUACAAAUGCACCAAAAUGCGUACUGAAGGGGUAAAGGGUUAAGGGUAAUAUUCAGAAGCGUUGAACUGUUUAGUCUUGAUUUGGAUAUGAUCAAUUAAUACAGAAAUAGGUCAGCUAAUGAACAUAUAUUGCACAGAGUUCUUUGUAUGUGAGGAUGUGUACAGAGUUAGCAGUGUGGUAGACUAAUGGUAGAUAAAACAAACUUAGCUGUUCAAAAACUUUUUUAAUUUAGCAGCUUUGAUACCUAGAAAAAGAGCUUAGGGUAGUUUAAUCACAUGCCAUAAUGUUAGGAAUGUUUAUUUAAAAAACCUGGAUAACAGCUCACUUAACCAGCUGAAUUUACAUUAAGCUUUCAAUAUCAUUUUCUUUUUAGCUCACCUGAGCACAACGUGCUCAUGGUGAGCUUUUGUGAUCGCCUUUUGUCCGUCUUCCGUUGCGCGUUGUGCGGCGUCAACAUUUGCCUUGUUAACUCUCUAGAGGCAACAUUUAUUGUCCAAUCUUCAUGAAAUUUGGUCAGAAGAUUGGUCCCAAUGAUAUCUUGGAUGAGUUCGAAAUUGGUUACGUUUGCUUGAAAAACAUGGCUGCCAAGGGGCGAGGCAUUUUCCUUAUAUGGCUAUAGUAAAAUCUUGUUAACACUCUUGAGGCCACAUUUAUUGUCUGAUCUUCAUGAAAUUUGGUCAGAAGAUUCAUCCCAAUAAUAUCUUGGCCAAGUUCGAAAAUGAUGCAAGUUGGUUGAAAAACAUGGCCGCCAGGGGGCGGGGCAUUUUUCCUUAUAUGGCUAUAGUAUUACCUUGUUUACACUCUAGAGGCCACAUUUAUUUUCCGAUCUUCAUGAAACUUGCUCAGAAGAUUUGUCCCAAUCAUAUCUUGGAUAAGUUAAAAAAUGGUAACCUUUGCUUGAAAAACAUGGCUGCCAAGGGGCGGGGAAUUUUUCCUUAUAUGGCUUUAUAUGGCUUAAGUAAAGUCUUGUUAACACUCUAGAGGCCACAUUCAUUGUUCAAUUUUCAUGAAAUUUGGUCAGAAGAUUGGUCUCAAUGAUAUCUUGGACUAGUUUGAAAAUAAUUAUGUUUGUUUGAAAAACAUUGCUUCCAAGGGGCGGGCAUUUUUCCUUAUAUGGCUAUAGUAAAAUCUUGUUAACACUCUAGAGGCCACAUUUACUGUCUGAUCUUCAUGAAACUUGGUCAGAAGAUUCAUCCCAAUAAUAUCUUGGACGAGUUCAAAAAUGAUUUUGGUUGGUUGAAAAAAAUGGCUGCCAAGCAGCGUGGCAUUUUUCCUUAUAUGGCUAUAGUAAAACGUUGUUGACACUCUAGAGCCACAUUUAUUUUUUGAUCUUAAUGAAACUUGGUCAUAAGAUUUGUCCCUAUAAUAUCUUGUUAUCUCAGGUGAGCGACUUUGGGCCUUUCAGGCCUUUUUAUCCCCCGCCAUAGUCGGAAGGAUAUUGUUUUGGCGUCAUCCGUCAAUCUGUCCUUCUGUCUUUCCGUCCGUCCGGCACUUUUGUGUCCGGAGCCAUAUCUUGGAAGUUCUUUGGCGGAUUUCAUUGAAACUUGGUAUGAGUAUAUAUAUGGAUAAGAGGAUGAUGCACGCCAAAUGGCAUUGUAAACAAUGUGUUAAUAACAGAGUUAUGGCCCUUUGUAUUUAAAAAAAGCUUCUUAGCUGAGUGUCAAAUAUAACACUUUUGUGUCCAGAAGCAUAUUGACGGGGGAUAUCAAUUCAAUGAAUUUGCUUGUUUUCAAACUAUAUUGAUAUCUCUGCGUACUAUCCUGACUUGACUCUGUGCUACAUACCUUUGACCCCUGAGGGGUACAGCUGACGAAUGAUUGGGCUAUUGAUUGUGGUUGAUAGAAACAGGUUAUUGCAUAAGCUUCAAAGUGAUAUGCAUGAUAUUGGGAUGAAAAUGUAUUUUAAUGUGGGUAAAAUUGAUAUAAUUUUUUUUUCAUUUUUUUUCAUUUCAAUGACAGCGCUGUUAAACAUGAAAUUAAUAUUUUAUUAGUUAAAAAAUAUAUAGUAUGCAAUGCACAUUGUUAGGCAAAUGAUCUGAUCAUUUGAUUACAAUUUUGUUCAAUUUACUAAUAAAAUUAUGUAAAA